CAACUGGGCUAAUGUACUCAUAGAGGGGAAAUUUGCCCGGACAGUGGCGUUUUCACCUACUCAUCGUCGAAUUCCAUCUGACAAAGGCUCUUUUACCUGCACGCCAACGUUAAUUUUUGUACUAUUCCAAUGCUAGACUCCUAUUCCGUGACGGAUCCUCCUGGCAAGAAGAAACAAGGCUGCACCAGGAUCAACCACGGGACCGCCUAUUAGUGCACCAUUACCACAUUCACUUUACACGGUACAACUAGAUCAAACACGGUUGUUUGCGAUAUCACCUUGUACAGAAGCGGAGUAGUACUGUAGGUAAUUACAAAUAUUUCAUGCACACGGCACUUAAACAGCUCUCUGCAUAAUACCAAACCGCGUAGUUAUCUACGUGUUACUAUUUAUAGACUAUUGAACACGGAAGAUACAUACUCACAGAUGUCCAAUAUAGCUCUAAGUCGCUGGGCACAGAAAAAUAAAAACACAAUGGAUACAACUCGUCUGAAAGGCUUGGUCAGGAGACCUUCCGGUGAAGAUGAUGUCACAGUUUAUGAUCUUCCAGACUCGCUUCUGUUAGAAAUAUUUUCGUUUCUGGAAGUCAAAGAUGUUUUGGGAGUUACGGGGUGUUGUCGUUGGUGGCGUGAGAUAGGACGAGAUGAAUGCCUUUGGAGGAAUUUAGCCUACAGAGCUUGGGGAGACGAUUGCAACAAAGCACCAUUUGUUGGGACCUGGUUAGAAGAAUAUCGACGCCUGUAUUGCCAUUCACCAGUUGUAUUGUCAGAGGAACUCGCAGAGCAUACAGAUGAAAUUUUUCACGUGGCUUUUUCUCAUGACGGAAAACUAUUUACCACAACUGGAAAAGAUGGGAACGUCAAGGUGUGGGAAAUUGGAUGUCCGACCAAAUUGAAGUAUUCCUAUAAUCUAAAAGAAGAAUCAGGGUGGAAUUACACCAGAUAUUCAGCCUUUAACCAAAACGACACAAAUCUGCUGGUAUCCGGAUUACGGUUCCAUUGUGGCUGGGUGGCGUGGUUCUCAAUGACAGACGGUUUUACUCUCACUUGGACGGAUGUUAUGACCCCCCAAGGUAUACGAGGAGCAUGGUUAUCUAACCAUCAUUUAUUAUAUGGAGCUCAAUCUGACACAGCAGAAGCUGUAUCACUGUGUGUGGAAGGGGAAGAUUUUAACGGGAGACACACAGAAGAGGGCGAGCCCCGGGAGAUACAGGAAAUUAAUUUCGACGUAGAAAUACGGAUACAAUUUUUAAAUGUGGUGCGGCGAAAACAUAUGGUAAAGAAUGAUUUGAACAAUGAAUCCUACACCACUAGAAACCAGUUUAAUUCAAACGACGUCCAUCGAAAUCUCAAUCACGUGAACAACGAACACAUAUUUACAAACAAUAGUUGUGGUUACUUGUUAGUAUUUGCCACGGGAUAUUGUGAUGCGCUCAACCAAAUAGGUAUAAAGUUUGUCUCAAAAAACAAGUUGAAAUCAACUCUAAGAAACGGCAACAAUCAUCACCGAAACGGUGUCAUCAAUGAAAGAAGGCGACCAUCUAUCAAAAGGAAACAAAACGCACAUUGUGAUCAUUUGAUAGAUUUACAUGGACAGAUUCUAGGUGUCAGAGUCAGUGUAAAUAGUAGGUAUCUGGUAGUAAAUAUGCGAGGCUGGUUGGAAGAGCCUGAUGGUUCAGAUCCCUACGAACGACCAGGCUUGUCCAAAAACAUGGAGGUACGUCUGAUAGACCUACUCACUCUGCGGGUUCAACCAAUAGUUUACACGGGUCAUAAAGCUGUCACGGAUUCGGAUAGCUUCUGUUUCUGCUUCGGAGACGCUAAUAAAGAUUUUGUCGUUUGCGGAAGUGAAAGUAACCAAGUCUAUUUAUGGGACAGACAUUCUGGUGCCUUGUUAUCUAAGUUAGAUCAUCUGAUGGCAGGGGUCAGUGCCGCGGCCAUCAAUCCCGUUGACCAAGAGUUUGUUGUAUCUGUUGGUGAUGACCAGAUCGUCAAAGUCUGGAGGUCCAGGGUCAAGCACAAACAGUUCAAGAAGGAGAAGGCUGUUGUGAUAUACAAUCCCAGUGAUGCUGAUUACAAUACUAGGCUUUAAGAGUUGUCACCCUUUCUUUUAGUUCCACAAAUGCCCUUGCUGUGAUCUUACGCUAUAGAGUUACCUUUUUCUUUUAGAAUUUAACAGUUAGACACUGACUAAAACUUAUUAUUUAUUUUCCGUGUGGUGCACGUUAUGCCCUAAUUUGGUACAGCUUUAUCUUGUUAUUUUCCUGGUUUGCAUUUAUGGAUCACCUGUGAACGUAUUAUUACUUGGUAUGUUGUUGUCGCCCUUCUGAUAUGAAGUGGCUCUUUAUGUCUAUCUCCACCAUUAGUGAUGCCGCAGAAACUGUCAUCUUCCGCUAGUUCGCCCAUGGGGAGAAUAAAUAAAUAAUUGUAUUAUUUUUUCGACCAUAACUUAAAGUAUAAAGCUAUUUCACAACGAAUUAAGCAACCUUAUACAUGUUCUCCCCUGCUUAGAGACAUGGAUCGACUCCUAUGUGCCUUUACUAAGCAUAAUAUGCUCAACUUUAACAUUUAUUAGGCAUAUGUUACGAUUAGUUAUGAUUCCGUUCAGGUCUGUUGGAGAGGAAUGAUGUAGUUAUUAUUCCGUUCAGGUUAGUUGGAGAGGAAUGAUGUAGUUAUUAUUCCGUUCAGGUUAGUUGGAGAGGAAUGAUGUUGUUAUCGUUCCAUUCAGGUUUGUUUGAGGAAUGAUGUUGUAAUUACUCCGUUCUUUUUUAUUGGAGAGGAAUGAUAUUGUUAUAUUAACAAUGUUAUGAUUUGAUGUGAUAGGACACAAGUAAACAGUGCCCAGAUAAAGUGAUGGAUCCUCGUUCAAGUAAAUUUAACCUAAAUUCUUUUAAGUUAGGUUUUCUUGAAUAUGGUACCCGUGUUAAAUACAAUAUAUUGUUUAUGUUAGUUUUAUUAUGAUAAAAGUGCUAUAAUAUAUGUGUCAUAUUUGAAAUCUCCGGUGGUUUUAUUGUAUAUAUGUUGUACUACGUGUUUGUCGUAUUUGUUAUAUGCACAACCUGAUAAAAACACAGAUCUUAUUUCAUUUCGUUUUUUAUAGUUCAAAAUUUCGUUUUACUUGUCUUUACUACACUAGGAUCAGAAAGAUUUGUUAUAUUAUCGGCGGUUUAGUUGAAAGGAGGGAUUAGCCCAUGAAACAGUCUGUUACGAUGACUUCUUGGCGUGCCAUGUACGGAACUGUGGGUAAACCACCAGAAACGUCAACGCUGAUUGAUCAAUCAAUGUCCGGCGUCAUAGGGUUAAAAGCCACUCGUACGACCCCUGACACGAUUUUCAUGUAGUCUAGGCCAUUGAAAGUAUAAAAAAACGAAACGAAAUAUAGAUUUUUUUUAAUCAGAUUGUUAUAUGCAUGUUGUACUACAAGUUUAUGCGCUGUUAUCUUUGAUAUAGAAUUAUUGUGUAUUUAUAUGGUCUGUUUCCGGUCUGCUCUGUUUUAGGUGCAGACGUUUUCUGUUUAAUGCUUCCCUGUGAAAAAUAGAAAUCAGCACCUUACCAGUGCCGGAUUAGCCAUUAGACAAAUAAGACAAGUGCCUUAGAGCCAACCAGAAAUCCAGGCCACAUAAAAUAAAGUAAACUUUUGAUGAUAAUUAUCAGGUGAUGAUAAAAAUGCUUUCCUUUAUUUUUAUGUAAAUAAAAGGCAUCCUUUCGUCAUCUACGCGUUUGUUCUCAGGCUUUUCAUUCUGUUUCCCGGCAACGGAUUUACACACGUGAGAUAUUGUUUAUGUAAGUAAUAUCGUAAUUUUUGUUAUUUUCUCAAGGUGAAGCCUUGGGGCCAGCAAAGUCUUAAUCCGGCACUGCCCGUUACAGAGCCUCGGUGUCUUGUGUGUAGGCUGGCUUAUGAUCUGCUGUUUUAGGUGCAGUUUCUCUGGGUGCUUUAUAAAAAAAGACCCUUUGUCUUCCAUUAAGUACAUGGCUCUUUUUUAUAUAUUUGCAUAUGGAAACAUUAAAAUAUAUGAACCUAUAAUGACAAUUUUACUGUCAAUGACAAUGAACCCUAUAUAAAGCGUUUAUAUUGUUUUCUUAUUUCACUUAACUUUCUCAGUUUUGCGUUUUACUCGCAGGACUCAUCGCAAGAUGACAAAUAGUCGAUAUGUGUACUGCCGACUUCGCAGCAUGCGUCAUGUUUAAUAUUUUGCGAAGCAUGCGCGGCAACCAGGGCAAUUAUUAUGUUUAUAUCCAUAAUCGUCUCUUAUAGCUAAGUGAAGUGCAUGUAUAGAUAUUUACAAGGGUUUCUUUAUAUUAAAGAGUCCAUAUCGUAUUGACUAAUUUAUUUAAGUGAAGAAUUGAAAUUUAUCCUGUAAAAGAAUAAACUGAAUUUUUAUUUGGUUGUUAUUGA